AUGCCUAUCGGUGCAUUUCAACGUCUCUUCGAUUUCGGUUCAAAAAAAGAUGAUACAAAAAAUGUUUCAUCAUCCGAUGCAAUUCAACGUCUAUCUGACGUUGAAGAAAUGCUCAAUAAAAAGCAACAACAUCUCGAAUCUCAAAUCGAAGAGGAAAAGAAAACGGCUAUUCGUUGUUCAAAACAAGGAAAUAAACGUGGAGCUUUAAUGGCGCUAAAACGAAAGAAAAAGUUUGAAAAAACAUUACUUCAAUUGGAUGGAACGUUAACAACGUUGGAAACACAACGAGAAUAUUUACAAAAUGCCUCGACAAAUAUGGAUGUUCUACGUGUGAUGAAACAAGCGGCAAAUGCUUUGAAGAAAACCAAUCAAAAUCUUGAUGUGGAUCAAGUUCAUGAUCUCAUGGAUGAUUUAGCUGAACAACAUACUGUUGCGGAAGAAAUUGCCAAUGCAAUUUCAUCACCAAUGGGAACGUCGGAUUUGUAUAAUGAUGCAGAUUUAGAACGAGAAUUAGAAUUAUUAGCGCAAGAAGAAAUUAAAGACGAUAUGAUGAAAAUUGGACCAUUGCCUGACGUUCCACAACAAGCAGCAACAAUUAAAACAAAUAAUCAAUCGGAUGAAUUACGUGAUCUCGAAGCUUGGGCACAAUAA